UUGGAAGCGGCCGGCCGAAAUUGUGGAAUUCUCCAACUCCGCCGACGAGGCUUCCGUCUGGCCUUUUUCUUUCUUCACAUCUUCAAUGACCGGACUUGCGUCGGCCCUUUACUGCUGAUUCCUCGCGCCGCUCUACUUGCUGUCCGGAGGCCGUUGGGGUGCCUCACAUCAUCUGCCUGUCAUGGCAGCUCUCGUGGACAACCCGCAGAUCAAGCAUGCGGAGUUGCUUCGUCCGCUGCCCUUCCACUUCCACGCCUACGUCUGGCCUUUUGCCAUUCUGUGGCCCAUCUUUCUGAGGUACUAUCUGACCCCGGAUCUCUACGAAAAGCACAUUGGCGCUUCUGAAUGGACUUUUGUCUGGUGCGGGACCAUCAUCACCCUCCAGUCUCUUGUUUGGCUGAGCACCCACUGGAGCGUGGGCCUGGAUGCGCGAUUCACUGCGACCAAGGUCCAGGAUAAGGAUAUCCAGGACGCUCAGUUGGUUAAAGUUAUUCCUAUUGCGAACGCCGGCUCCAGCGAAAUCUGCAAGCUGUUGCGGGACAAGGUUGGGGGCAAGACCAAUCUCUCAUUCCUAUUCCAGAAACGCCGUUUCCUCUAUGAUCCGGAUACCAAGACCUUUAAGACCCUCACCUAUCCCAUCGAUGGCGAGCCGAAGCCUACCAUUGGCCAGUUCCAGGCUUCCAAGGGUAUCGACAAGCAGUCCGAGUUGACCCGUAUCGAGCAACAUUAUGGCACAAACACUUUCGAUAUUCCCGUCCCGACGUUCACAGAACUCUUCAAGGAGCAUGCCGUCGCGCCCUUUUUCGUCUUCCAGAUCUUCUGCGUUGGCUUGUGGAUGCUUGAUGAAUACUGGUACUACUCGCUGUUCACUCUGUUCAUGCUUGUCGCAUUUGAGAGCACCGUCGUCUGGCAGCGCCAGCGUACCUUGAACGAGUUCCGCGGAAUGAGCAUUAAGCCCUACGAUGUUUGGGUCUACCGUCUCGGCAAAUGGACCGAGGUCCAGAGCGAUGCGCUCUUGCCUGGUGACCUUGUGUCUGUUGGCCGAACCAAGGAAGACAGCGGCGUCGCAUGCGAUAUGCUCUUAGUUGAAGGCACUGCCAUUGUCAACGAGGCCAUGCUUUCCGGAGAAAGUACCCCGCUGCUCAAGGACUCGAUUCAGCUGCGCCCGGCCGAUGCUCUACUGGAGACGGAGGGACUCGACAAGAACGCCUUCUUGUGGGGUGGUACCAAAGUUCUCCAAAUCACCCAUGGAAACCCUGACCAGGAGAAGCCCAAAUUGGCUUCAGGCGUCCCUGCUGCCCCCGACAAUGGAGCUCUGGCUAUUGUUAUCAAGACUGGCUUCGAGACUUCUCAAGGCAGCCUUGUCCGAACCAUGAUCUACUCCACUGAGCGUGUGUCUGCCAACAACUUUGAGGCUCUCUUGUUCAUCCUGUUUCUUCUCGUCUUCGCGAUCGCUGCCUCCUGGUACGUCUGGGACGAGGGUGUGCGAAGGGAUCGCAAGCGCUCCAAGCUCCUACUUGACUGCGUUUUGAUCAUCACCAGUGUUGUGCCUCCCGAGCUGCCAAUGGAGCUUAGUCUCGCAGUCAACACUAGUUUGGCAGCCCUUGCGAAACUGGCCAUCUUCUGCACAGAGCCAUUCCGAAUUCCAUUUGCUGGACGUGUCGAUAUCGCUUGUUUCGACAAGACUGGAACGCUCACCGGUGAAGACUUGGUUGUGGAAGGUAUUGCUGGACUCGGCCUGAACCAUUCCGACGUUGAGGACAAGCGAGAAGGCGAUGGCGCCCACUCUACCAUCAUUGCGGUCAAGGAAGCUAGCUUGGAGACCCAAUUGGUACUCGCUACUGCUCACGCCUUGGUUCGAUUGGAUGAAGGCGACAUUGUGGGAGACCCAAUGGAGAAGGCUACUCUUACUUCUCUUGGCUGGGGCCUUGGCCGUAAUGACGUUCUCUCAAGCACUCCCAAGGCUGGCACUACCCAAGGCAACGUUCACAUCAAGCGCCGUUUCCAAUUCUCCUCUGCACUUAAGCGUCAGAGCUCCGUUGCGUUUGUCAAUGGAAUUCACACCGCCACCGGUCAAAAGAUCAAGGGUACAUUUGCUGGUGUCAAGGGUGCUCCCGAGACUAUCCAGAAGAUGCUCGUUGAGGUGCCCGCUGAUUACGAGGAGACGUACAAAUACUUCACACGCAAGGGAUCCCGAGUUCUCGCACUGGCAUACAAGCAACUGACUGUUGAUUCCGAAUUGGGCUCGGGCAAAAUUAACGACCUCAAGCGAGAAAAGGUUGAGGCUGAUCUCACAUUCGCUGGCUUUUUGGUGCUUCACUGCCCCCUCAAGGAAGACGCCAAGGAGGCUGUUCAGAUGCUCAACGAGAGUAGCCACCGUGUUGUCAUGAUUACCGGUGACAACCCUCUUACAGCUGUGCACGUUGCCCGUGAAGUCGAAAUUGUUGACCGCGAUGUUCUUAUUCUGGACGCCCCCGAGGAUAACCAUGGUGGUGAGCAGCUAAUUUGGAAGAGCGUUGACGACAAGGUUACCAUUCAUGUAGAUCCUUCAAAGCCUAUCGACCCGGAGAUUCUCAAGAACAAGGAUAUUUGCGUGACCGGAUAUGCUCUUGCCAAGUACAAGGGCCAGCCUGGAUGGAAGGACAUUCUCCGCUAUACCUGGGUCUAUGCUCGUGUGUCACCAAAGCAAAAGGAAGAUAUUCUGCUCGGUCUGAAGGAUAUGGGUUACUAUACCUUGAUGGCUGGUGACGGCACCAACGAUGUCGGCGCCUUGAAGCAGGCCCACAUUGGCAUUGCUCUCCUCAACGGUACCAAGGAUGACUUGACUCGCAUCGCAGAGCACGCUCGCAACACCAAGCUCAAGGAAAUGUACCAGAAGCAAUGCGAGCUCAUGAAGCGCUUCAACCAACCUGCACCUCCUGUCCCCGUCAUGAUUGCCCACCUCUACGCACCUGGACCUACCAACCCCCACUACCAAAAGGCUAUUGAGCGUGAAGCUACCAGAAAGAAGAUUACGCCCGAGGAAUACAUUAAGCAGCAUGGCCACCCUGUGGAAACCAUUACCUCUCCCGGUGCUCAGAAUCUCAUCAACGAUCGUCAGCAACAAGUCAACAAGAAGGCGGCCAGUUUGGCUGACCAACUGACCAGCAGUAUGAUGGAAGCCGAGAUGGGUGACGAUGAGCCCCCGACUUUGAAACUGGGAGACGCUUCCGUCGCUGCUCCGUUCACCUCUAAGCUUCGCGAUGUCAUGGCCAUUCCUAACAUUAUUCGUCAAGGCCGAUGCACCCUCGUCGCCACCAUCCAGAUGUACAAGAUCCUUGCUUUGAACUGUCUGAUCAGUGCCUACUCCCUGUCUGUUUUGUACCUUGAGGGUAUCAAGUUUGGCGAUACGCAGUACACCAUCAGUGGUAUGCUCAUGUCUGUUUGCUUCUUGAGCAUCUCCCGAGCUCGCGUUGUGGAAGGACUCAGCAAAGAGCGACCCCAACCCAACAUUUUCAACGUCUACAUCAUCGGAUCUAUUCUGGGACAAUUUGCUGUUCAUAUUGUGACUCUCAUCUACAUUGCUCGUCUGUGCGACAGACUCGAACCACGCUCUGGAGACAUUGAUCUGGAGGCUGAGUUUACGCCGUCGCUGCUCAACUCUGCAAUUUACUUGCUGCAGCUGAUUCAACAAAUUUCUACAUUCGCCAUCAACUACCAGGGCCGCCCCUUCCGAGAGUCCAUUACUGAGAACAGGGCCAUGUUUUACGGUAUCGUCGGUGUCUCCGGUCUCGCCUUUGUCUGCGCUCUCGAGCUGAUGCCCGAAAUCAACGAACAAAUGAAGUUGGUGCCUUUUAGCGACGAGUUCAAGACCAAGAUGUCCACCGUCAUGGUUCUGGACUACGUGCUGUGCUGGCUUAUUGAGGUCGUUUUGAAGAGGUUCUUCAGCGACUACCGCCCGCGCGACAUCGCCGAGCGCCGCCCUGAGCAGCUCAAGCGCGAGAUGGAGCGCAAGAAGGAGGUGGAGAGGAAGAAGGCUGAGCAGGACGACAAGGAGAGGCUCGAGAAGGUCGCUGAGUUUGAGAGGAGGGUCGAGGAGCGUAAGAGGAAGAUUGAGGCGUGGGCUACUGGCCGUCAGCAGCCGGCGGCGGCGUCUGGAUCAUCAUGAUUUUCUCUUUUUUGUUGGGUUUCCGGUCAGCGGCGAAAAACAUUUAGGAAGAGAAAGAAAAAGAAAGAGGUAUACUGAUAGAGUUGGAGGCUGUAUAAUGCUGUUAGAUGCUUAGGAAGGGAUGCCGAGUAAUGUAGACACCGAUAAAGCCUGAAUCUAAUAGAAUUCUCC